AUGGUUUUUGGUGGUGGUUCGGUAUUGUUUUUGGAGUGGAGAAGGACAGUGGUGGAUCGAAGAAAGGCGGCGGAAGAAAGAGGAGCCGAUAUCAAAGGCUGCGAAAAGGUACCAAAAAACAAUGAGAAAGUGCUUCUCAAUGCUGUGGCAAAUCAGCCCGUUUCAGUGUCCAUUAAUGCUAGUGACUUCUCAUUCCAAUUCUACAAGACUGGAGUUUUUAUAGGAACGUGUGGAACUGAGUUAGAUCAUGGUGUUACAGCAGUUGCAUGCGGAAAAGCUGAAGAUGGGACUAAAUAUUGGUUGAUCAAGAAUUCUUGUGGUACUAGUUGGGGUGAAAAUGGAUAUAUAAGGAUGGAAAGGGACGACAUUGAUGCUAAAGAAGGGCUGUGUUGGAUUGCCAUGGAUGCUUCUUAUCCAACUGCUUAA